AUGUCCGGCCCAUCCGCUCCGUCUAGCAAAUCUGCCCACGCCCCAUCCGUAUGGGACCGCCUCUCCCCUUUCAGCUCCUCUCGGUCUCGCUCGAAAUCGUCCAGAGCGCUGGACGAGGAGGAGCCUCUCCUCUCAGGCCCGAACGACAUCGAGGUCCUGGAGGUGGAAGGUAGGCAAUCGCGAUUCACGCGGACACAGCUUCUGCUGUUCCUGCUGUUUCAGGUCGCUUGCUUUGCACUCGGAGCGUCACUUGGGAAGUUGCUAUCCUCGAAAGACGGCAAUGGAAAGGCGAAGGGGCCAUUGGUACCGCCAGUAUGGACGCUGCCUCCUCCAACAGGAGACCGCCGCAACCCCGCCUAUCUCAUUAAAGCCCACUCCGGAGCCGUCGCAUCCGAAGACAAGACCUGCUCAGAAAUGGGCGUAGCUAUCAUGCGGGACCACGACGGGACCGCCGUCGACGCAGCAGUCACCACUACUCUGUGUAUCGGCCUGCUCAACGGGUUCGCAUCCGGUAUAGGUGGCGGAGGGUUCAUGAUGGUCCGUGUACCGACCGACGAUUCGGGACUGGGAACGAAAGGCGGGAACAUGACUGCGAUUGACUUUAGGGAGACGAGUCCCAAGGAGAGCAGUAAGGAGAUGUAUGGAAUCAAGGGAGCAGGGAGGAACGCGGCGCAGGUCGGGGGUCUGGCUAUUGGUGUUCCAGGGGAGCUGAGGGGUCUUGAGGCCGCCCACAAGCUGUACGGGAAGCUGCCCUGGAAGGCUCUUGUAAUGCCCGUCGCGGAUUUGGCCAAAGGCUAUCAGGUCAGCCGAGAACUAGCAAGGAGAAUACGAAUCUUUGGUUACUUUAUGCCCGAAGAUCAAACAUGGAUGGACAUCUACGCCCCCAGAGGCUAUCUCGCCGUCGAAGGCGACUAUAUCAAGCGAAUCAACUAUGGCAAAACGCUCGAGCGGAUCGCAGAUGGCGGUGCGGACGCGUUCUAUAAUGGAGAAAUCGCGGAGAAGAUGGUCAAGAGCAUCAAGAAGGCUGGUGGAGUCAUGACUGUCAAGGAUCUCAAACACUUUGAAGCGAAUGUGUACCCUGCGAUACAUCACACCUACAACGGACGUGAAAUCUACACAACAGCAGCACCAUCAUCGGGCGGCAUCCUGCUUGCCCUCCUCCGCCUGAUUGAGCCCUUCCGGAUAUCUCAAACGGGCGGGCUCGACAACCCGCUCAACGUCCACCGCUUCAUCGAAUCCCUCAAGUUCGCCUUUGCCGCUCGAUCAGAAGUGACGGAUCCGGCCUUUGUCAAGGACCCGGAGAGGCUGGAUCGGUUUUAUCAGAGUGGAUGGGCGGAUGAUGUCCGGGCCAAGAUCACGGAUAACUCAACGCAUAAAGUCGAUUACUAUGGUAUGGAGUUCGACCACAUCGAGGACCACGGAACGACGCAUUUGAGCGUGGUGGACCAGUGGGGAGGCGUAGCUGCUGUCACGUCCACUGUCAACCUCAUCUGGGGAAGUCAUGUCAUGUGUCCCGAGACCGGUGUCAUCUUCAAUGACGAGCAAGAUGACUUCGCUGUACCCGGCGCACCUGAUGCCUUCGGCCUUCCUCCAAGUCCUUGGAACUACCCUGCCCCGGGCAAGAAACCCAUGUCCUCUACCUCUCCUACCAUCAUCCUUUCUCCAUCCGGCAGCCUCUAUGCGACCCUGGGUGGAUCCGGUGGAUCGAGGAUAUUCGGCUCCCUCGCCCAAGUCCUGCUGCACCUCGAUGCAGGACUAGACAUCUCCCAAGCGAUUGAGAAGCCACGAUACCACUCACAGGUCGUUCCGAACGUGACUACCAUUGAGGUUGGGCCUGAGGGGGCGCCAGAGAGGGUUCUGAAGGGGCUCAGGGAGAGGGGGCAUGUCGUUGGAGAAUUCGACAUCAAUCUGGGGGUAUCAGAGAUCCAGGGGAUCGUGGUGCAGAACGGGACGAUCUGGGCGAGCAGCGAUUCGAGGAAGAACGGUAUUUCUGCGGGAUACUAA